CCCAGCAGGCCGUGGGCGCCGGCGUGCUUGCCCUUCUUCCCGGCGUGUGCAGAGCGGUCUCUGGCUGUGGGUGUGCUGAGGGACGCAUGGAUCCUGGCGGACGCAUGGAUCCCGACGGACGCCUGGAACCAGCCGGCCGGUGGCAGAAUCUGCCCAGCGGGCCUAGCCUAAAGCACUUAACUGACCCGUCUUAUGGGAUCCCGCGGGAGCAGCAAAAGCCAGCGUUGCAGGAACUGACGCGGGCGCAUGUGGAGUCCUUCAACUACGCUGUGCGCGAGGGGCUCAGCCACGCGGUGCAGGCUAUCCCUCCCUUUGAAUUCGCUUUCAAAGAUGAGCGCAUCUCCCUUACUAUUGUGGACGCUGUCAUCAGCCCGCCCAUGGUUCCGAAAGGCAACAUCUGCAAAGAGCUCAACAUUUAUCCAGCCGAAUGCCGGGGCCGGAGGAGCACCUACCGGGGCAAGCUGACGGCUGAUAUCAGCUGGGCAGUGAAUGGAAUCUCAAGAGGAAUCAUUAAACAGUUUCUUGGCUACGUUCCCAUCAUGGUGAAGUCUAAGCUUUGCAACUUACACGGCCUUCCUCCCAAAGCCCUCAUUGAGCACCAUGAGGAAGCAGAGGAAAUGGGAGGCUAUUUUAUAAUAAAUGGCAUUGAAAAAGUCAUCCGAAUGUUGAUUAUGCCUCGGAGGAAUUUCCCCCUUGCAAUGAUCAGACCAAAAUGGAAAACCAGAGGGCCUGGCUAUACUCAGUAUGGAGUCUCAAUGCACUGUGUGAGGGAGGAACAUUCUGCUGUUAAUAUGAACCUUCACUACUUGGAAAAUGGCACGGUUAUGUUGAACUUUAUUUAUCGGAAAGAACUAUUUUUUCUUCCUUUGGGAUUUGCACUUAAGGCGCUUGUCAGCUUUUCCGAUUACCAGAUUUUUCAGGAGCUCAUGAAAGGCAAAGAGGAGGACUCUUUCUUUAGGAACUCCGUUUCUCAGAUGUUAAGGAUUGUCAUGGAAGAGGGUUGUUCCACACAAAAGCAGGUUCUUAACUAUCUAGGUGAACGCUUCAGAGUCAAGCUCAGUCUUCCUGACUGGUGUCCAAAUGAACAAGCUGCAGAGUUUCUGUUUAACCAGUGCGUCUGUAUCCACCUGAAAUCCAAUACGGAAAAGUUUUAUAUGCUUUGUCUCAUGACCCGGAAGCUCUUUGCAUUAGCCAAAGGAGAGUGCAUGGAGGACAGUCCGGAUAGUUUAGUGAAUCAGGAAGUCCUGACGCCCGGUCAGCUCUUCCUCAUGUUUCUGAAGGAAAAAAUGGAAUCUUGGUUAGUAUCUAUUAAAAUAGCUCUAGACAAGAGGGCUCAGAAGACGAAUGUGUCCAUAAACACUGAAAAUUUGAUGAAGAUUUUUAAUCUGGGAACAGACCUUACAAAGCCGUUUGAGUAUCUUCUUGCUACUGGAAAUCUGCGUUCUAAAACAGGUCUUGGCUUCCUGCAAGAUUCUGGCCUUUGUGUUGUGGCUGAUAAGCUGAACUUCGUACGCUAUCUCUCCCAUUUCCGCUGUGUGCACAGAGGGGCCGAUUUUGCCAAGAUGAGGACCACCACGGUACGCAGGCUGCUGCCGGAGUCCUGGGGCUUCCUGUGUCCUGUGCACACCCCAGACGGGGAGCCCUGCGGCCUCAUGAACCACUUGACUGCUGUGUGCGAGGUUGUUACACAGUUUGCGUACACGGCAUCUGUUCCCGCUCUGCUGUGCAGCUUGGGGGUCACUCCAGUUGACGGAACUCCACACCGACCGUACAGCGAGUGCUACCCUGUCCUGCUGGAUGGCGUCAUGCUCGGCUGGGUGGAUAAGGAACUCGCUCCUAGCAUUGCAGAUUCGCUCCGACAUUAUAAGGUGUUGAGAGAAAAAAGAAUUCCUCCCUGGAUGGAAGUGGCCCUUAUCCCCAUGACAGGAAAACCAAGUCUGUACCCAGGAUUGUUCCUGUUUACCACUCCUUGUAGACUGGUGCGUCCCGUGCAGAACUUGGAAUUAGGCAAAGAAGAACUAAUUGGAACUAUGGAGCAGAUCUUCAUGAACAUUGCCAUCUUUGAGGAUGAGGUUUUGGCAGGUGUUACCACUCACCAGGAGCUCUUCCCCCACAGCCUGCUGAGUGUGAUCGCCAACUUCAUCCCUUUCUCCGAUCACAACCAGAGUCCCCGGAACAUGUACCAGUGCCAGAUGGGGAAGCAAACCAUGGGCUUUCCACUUCUCACUUACCAAGCUCGAUCAGAUAAUAAACUGUAUCGUCUUCAGACUCCACAAAGCCCUUUAGUGAGACCAUACAUGUAUGAUUAUUAUGACAUGGAUAACUAUCCAAUUGGGACAAAUGCCAUCGUUGCUGUUAUUUCUUACACUGGCUACGAUAUGGAAGAUGCCAUGAUCGUGAAUAAGGCCUCCUGGGAACGAGGCUUUGCCCAUGGAAGUGUCUACAAGUCUGAGUUCAUAGAUCUAUCUGAGAAAAUUAAACAAGGAGACGAUAGUCUGGUGUUUGGAGUCAAACCUGGUGACCCGCGGAUUCUGCAAAAGUUAGAUGACGAUGGCUUGCCGUUCAUCGGAGCCCAGCUACAGUAUGGAGACCCGUAUUAUGGCUACCUGAACCUCAACACCGGAGAAAGCUUCGUGAUGUACUAUAAGAGUAAAGAAAAUUGCAUCGUGGAUAACAUCAAAGUGUGUAGUAAUGACACCGGCAAUGGGAAGUUCAAGUGUAUCUGCAUCACGAUGAGAGUCCCUCGGAACCCGACCAUUGGAGACAAAUUCGCCAGUCGCCACGGGCAGAAGGGCAUCCUGAGCAGGCUGUGGCCAGUAGAGGACAUGCCGUUCACCGAGAGUGGGAUGGUUCCAGACAUUCUGUUCAAUCCUCACGGUUUUCCAUCCCGCAUGACCAUCGGGAUGUUAAUUGAAAGUAUGGCAGGGAAGUCCGCUGCCCUGCACGGUCUCUGCCAUGAUGCGACACCCUUUACCUUUUCAGAGGAGAACUCGGCCUUGGAGUACUUCGGGGAGCUGUUAAAAGCCGGUGGCUACAACUUCUAUGGCACCGAGAGGUUGUACAGCGGCAUCAGUGGACUAGAACUAGAAGCAGACAUUUUCAUAGGUGUGGUUUAUUACCAGCGUUUGCGCCACAUGGUCUCAGACAAGUUCCAGGUUAGGACCACGGGAGCCAGAGACAAAGUCACCAAUCAGCCUAUUGGGGGAAGGAAUGUCCAGGGUGGAAUCCGUUUUGGGGAAAUGGAGCGGGACGCUCUUUUAGCUCAUGGUACAUCUUUUCUCCUGCAUGACCGCCUCUUCAACUGUUCGGAUCGCUCGGUAGCACACGUGUGUGUUAAGUGUGGCAGUUUACUAUCUCCGCUGCUGGAGAAGCCACCCCCUUCCUGGUCCGCCACGCGCAACAGAAAAUACAACUGUACGUUAUGUGAUCGAAGUGACACCAUCGACACUGUUUCUGUGCCUUACGUUUUCCGGUAUUUUGUAGCUGAACUGGCAGCCAUGAACAUUAAGGUGAAACUGGAUGUCAUUUAACUUGAUGGCACCUUUCGGGUUAGGAGAACGAUCGGAUUAAAACAAACUCUAACUUGGGUUCAGUAAAGAGAUGACUCAGUUCCUCGGGAGUUUUUCUCAGGGGUGUUCGGGUUUUCCACCAAGACCGGGCAACUAAGAAUUCAGGAUUUCUGAGUCUCAUCAGGAUAACUACUGAAGCUGAUUUGCAGUAUAUUUGUUCAAAAGUUCCACAAGCAUCUUUAAAAAUGAUACACGGGAAAAAAAAUGAUACACGGAUAAGUCGAAGGGUAUACAGGGAAGUCUUUCCAACGCCAGAGUCCCUGUACCCUACUUUCUCUGGGCAGUGACCAUCAAACGUUUCUCCAUCUAGAACAAAGCAACCCAAUACAAAUACUAUUGCAAGCCAUAUAUUUCAUUUUGUAUUUGCUUAUAUCCACAUUAAAGUAAAAACCAAAGGUACUUCUAUUGAAGUGUAAUUGUUCAACAAAACUGUGCAUGUUUAACGUGUACAAUUAGACGGGUUUGAGCAUAUGCAUACACCUGUGAAAUGAUCACCGCAAUCGAGGUAAGAAACCCCACCUCCAAAAGAUUCCUUGUGCCUUUUGGGUGUGUGUGUGCGUGCGUACGCGCGCGCGUGUUUGGUUAAAAAACACUGAAUUUGACAUCUACCCUCUUAACACAUGUUUAGGUGUACAGUAGAAUAUUGUUAACUAGAGGCAGAGCUCACUCAUUUUGGAGCGAUGGAGCUGUACACCCACUCGACACCAACUCCCUGUUUCCCCCCCACCAGCUCCUGGUAGCCAUCAUUCUAGUCUGACUCUUUCAGAUCCCUCAUAUAAGUGGGAUCAUGCAGUAUUUGUGGUUCUGUGACAGGCUUAUUUUACUUAGUGUAAUGGCCUUGAGGUUUAUCCAUGUUGCACAUGGCAGGAUUUCCUUUUUUAGAGCUGAAUAAUAUUCCAUUGUAUGUAUGGCAUGUUUUCUUUAUUCAUCUUUUUUUUUAAGAUUUUACUUAUUUAUUUGAGAGAGUGAGAGAAAGCAUCAGCAAUGGGGAGUUGGGGGUGGGGGAGAAGCAGGCUCUCUGCCAAACAGGGAGCCCAAUAUGGGACUCGAUUCUGGACCUCAGGAUCAUGACCUGACCUGAAGGCAGACACUCAACUGACUGAGCCAUGCAGGUGCCCCUCUUUGUUCCUCUCUUGAUGGAGAUUUAGGUUGCUUCCAUAUCUUAGAAAUAAUGUUCAUAUGCUAUAUUUUAUUCAAUGUAAUACAGCCAAAAUGCCAUUUCCACGUGUAAUAAAUAUAAUUUAUGGAGAUAGUUUACAUUCUUUUUCCAUACUAACCUCUAAAAUCCAGUGGCUGUUUUUCUGUGUACAGUAUUUCAUUGUUUGGACGUAUUGUUCCCUCCUGGGGCGUAUUUGGGCAGUUUCAUUCUUUGGGCACUAUAAAUGGUGCUGGUAGUAGAUGACCUUGUAUUCACUUGUGAAUACAUGCUCUUUGAUGUUAAACUUUACUAAGAUAAUUCUUGAGUCUGGCUUUAGGUGUCUCUUAGUAAUGAUAAGGCAGAUGGAGCUAGACUGAGAAAACUAGUAUAUCCUGGCUUUGCUUCAUUAAACUGUUGGGAAAAAGAAAUAAGGAAAAAUGGCUCAAAUCUGUUGGCUGAUACUUGCAUUACUGUUAGUAGACUCCCGGAUGAACUUGACCACCCCAUUCCAGUCUCUGUCUCUCUCACAAGCCCAUAGCUGAGGUCUGUGGUUCCAAGUCUCCCAAUUUUUUUUAGGAGCACUAAAAAUGGUAACAAAUAAAGUUUGUUUUAUCUUUUGUUUUUUAUUUAAAUUCCAGUUAAUAUAUAGUGUAAUACUAGUUUUAGGAGUAGAAUUUAGAGAUUCAUCACUUCCGUAUACCAUGCGGUGCUCAUCAUCAGUGCCCUCCUUAACCCCCUUCACUCACUUCCCCUCCCCCCCGGCUGCCUCCCUUCCAGCAAUCCUGUUUGUUCUCUAGAGUUAAGAGUCUUUGAUGGUUUGCCUCUCUUUGUCCCGUCCCUCGCUGUGUUGAUCUGUUUUAUUUCUUAAAUUCCACAGAGUGACAUCAUAUGUCUUAUCUCUUAUUGGCUUAUCUUUUUUAAAUUUAUAGAUUCACAAAAUUGACAUUGGGACAAUUCCCAAAGUUUAGUCCUGUUUCACCGGUUUUACAUGCACUCCUUUGUGUGUGUGUGUAUUGUUCGGAUCAGUCAUACCACGUGUAGACUGAUGUAACGACCAUAAAUAAUCAAGACACAGGACUACAAACCGUAAGUGAUGCUAUCAUAGGAAACAAACAUGAGAUUGCUGGAGGGGAAUGGAGUAAGUGGUUGAUAGACAUUAAGGAGGAAAAGUGAUACAAUGAACACUAGGUAUUAUAUAAGACUGAUGAAUCACUGAUCUCUGCCUCUGAAAGUAAUAAUAUACCAUAUGUUAACUGAAUUUAUAUGAAAAAAAAAAAAAAAAAAAGACACAUAACUAUUCCACACCACAAGGCUCAGCCAUGAUUUUUUCCCUUCAUAGCUGUCCCCAACCCUAUCCCCCAUCUUUAACCCCUGGCAACCACUAAUCUAUUCUCCAUCUCUAUAAUCUUGUUAUUUCAAGAAUAUUAUAUAAAUGGAAUCAUAUAGUAGUGACCUUUUGAAAUUGGCCUUUUCCACUCUGUAGUUCCCCUGAGAUUCACUCAGGUUCUUGCAUGUGUCAGUAACUUAUUCCUUCUUACUGCCACUCAGCACUCCAUGAGAGGGUGCAGUUUUUACUUUAUCAUUUGGGUUUGGUUUUUGGUAGAUCAUGCUUUUGGUGUCAUGUCUUAAGAACUCCUCAAGCCCAGGGGUGCCUGUGUGGUUCAGUGGGCUAAAGCCUUCAGCUCAGAUCAUGAUCUCAGGGUCCUGGUAUUGAGCCCCACAUCGGGCUCUCUGCUCAGCAGGGAGCCUGCCUCCCCAUCUCUCUCUCUGCCUGCCUCUCUGCCUACUCGCGAUCUCUGUCUGUCAAAUAAAUAAAUAAAUCUUAAAAAAAAAAAAAACAAACAAAAAACUCUUCAAGCCCAAAGAUUUUAUAUAUUCUAAGCGUUUAUAAUUUUAUGCUGUACACUUAAAUCUAGGAUCCAUGUAUCCCUUUUGAGUUUUUUUUUAAGAUUUGCCCAUUUAUUAGAGUGUGUGAGUGGAGGGGGUGGGGACAGGCAGACAGAAUCUCGAGCAGAUCUUGCUGGUGGGGAGCCCGACAACACAGGAAUCAGUUGCAGAACCCUGAGACCACCACCUGAGCCGAAAUCAAGAGUUGGAUGCCCAACUGACUUAACCACCCAGGGGCCCCUUGAGUAAUUUUUCUAUAAGGUGUGAGGUUCAGCUCAAGAUUCCUCUUGGUUUUUUUUGUUUGUUUGUUUUGUUUUUUUGCCAGAGGACUGGAUAUAUUAUGUAUCUCUUUGCUGUGUUGGUAUAACACAAAUUAGUGUAUGCAGUAAAUGGAUACAGGUGUAGACAAGAUACAUAUUUAUACAAAUGGAAUUGUUGUUGUGAAACAAAUGUCUCCAAGGAAAGGAUGGAGCUGUAUGUAAAACUGAAUGUUACUUAUGUCUAUGAAUGGAAUAUUGGAUAACAUUAAUAUUUUAAGGAAAUAAAUACAAAAUUGAAUGAUGGGUUAAUUA